AUGUUUGGUGUUAGUGUCGACAAACUCAACCAGACUUAUGUUGUUGAUGACAUUCCAAUGUUCGUAACAGAUGCAGGGACGUAUGUGAUGGCGCACAUUGUGGAGGGAAUAUUCAGAAUUCCAGGAGAGAGAAAAUUGGCUGAUGCAAUGGUGAAAAUGAUUGAAAAGAGAGCCGACUUUUUGACGUUGGUCAAAAAUCCAAAUACAGAUGUGCACGCAGUUGCCACCAUACUUCUCAUGUUUAUUAGAGAACUACCAGAGCCACUGAUUACAUUCAACAUGUACAGUAUGUUCAUCGACACUGCUCGCACGUUCGAAGCUGACCACGAAACAAAGGCUUCUGCAAUUCGAGUAGCGAUACAAUCGUUCCACGCACACGUAUCAUCUCUCCCACCUCGAAACAAGAAACUCUUGGCGUUUUACAUGAACAUGUUCUACGAGUUUUGCACGAUGAGCAACAUUCACAAAAUGGAACCAAACAACGUCGCUGUCUGUAUAGCUCCAACAUUGCUUCGGCCGGAGGAAGAGACUUGGGAAUCGGCCAUGUCAACGAUCAAGUUGCAAACUCUCGUGUGCACAUUUUUGAUCAAAUACUACCCUUUAAUAUUUAGAGACACGUGCGAGAAUAACGGUCUUCUCUACCCACAACUCCAAACUUUUUCUAUGAAACAAACAGAGGAGGCUUUAAAGAAUUUGACAAAGUCGAUGAAAAAGCCGGAAACCCAAGUGAGAAGAAGAGUCCGAAAGACAAUUUGGGAGGAUGUCACAAACGUUUUGAAAGAGGACGAAAAGGUGAACAAACAACGAAGGUUCAAGCUUAAACAAAACGGUUUCAUGUCUCAAACGCUGUGUUUGGGCACAACAGAAGUUGAGGAGGAAAAAGAGGAAGUGAGAAAGAGGCCUAAAAGUGACAGUUUCGCGAUGACACUCAAAUUCAUUGACGACAACCAAACCCAACUUCCCCAAAUUAAUGACGAAAUUCUGAAGAUGCACACAAAGAAAACGAAGAGUAGAGACAGCGUGAAGAAAAAAAUUCCAACAUCGUUUUCUAUCCCAAAGAAAAAGACGGAGACAGAGGAUUAA